AUGGCUCUGGCCCUGGAGGCGUGCCUCGUGAAAUGCGGCGACAUCCUGAUAAACGCCUUCUUCAGAAGGCUGCAAUUUAAUCCAGAUCCAUCCACGGGCGCUGUGCUUGCCCCGCGGUAUGAUCUGGUCGACGUCAACUUGCUUCACGAUCCAAUUGGGCUAUCCAUCCUGGCGAUCAAUGAGAGAGGCGAGCUGGAGCUGCACUAUGAAGCUAUCAGUAUCGGAGAGCUGCGAGGGUUCAGUGGCACCGGUGACGAGAUCCUCUAUCUCGGAGCUACCCAUGAAGCGAAUAACUUUGACAUGUUCGCCGUGCAUGUCAUCACCGGCAAAGUUCGUCGAUUGACAAGGCAUCCCGAGUACACCGACCCAGUCGCGUUCUCACUCGAUAACGAAUGGUUCGUUGUGAUGGAUACCAGGGGCUCGGAUCGCCAGAUGUGGCUGUCUGGCAUGCGAGGCAUACCCCCACUGGUAGAUCUAGUCACAGCCAACGCAGCUGCGUCCACGCGGAAUAACCGUCAUCGUCGCUUUUUCCAGCCAAUCCUCAUCGACCGUCACGGUGACCGGGGUGAGUAUUUCGGUCAGCAAGUCAACAACCGCGGCACCGGCCUCGACGGAAGCCCCAAUGACCCGAACUGGAACGGCCGCGCAGACCCUACCUUCUCCUAUAACGGCGCGAAGAUCGUGUACUGGCAAACCCUCGUGACAGCUCCCGCAUGCGGUGGCAUUAAUCCUCUCCCGUGCCCUGAAUCCACAGCACAGGGCGGCCGUACAUACCGCGUGAUGCUUGCUCGACUUUUCGACCGCAAGCUCACAGCCCCAGCAGCAGUUUUUGACGUCCCGGGCUUCCUCCUUUGCGCAACACCGUUUCCCCCUGGCUCAGGCUUUCCAGACCACCGCGGUCUUUUGCCCGGCUUAGCGGGUACCUACACCCUUCGCGGUAAAGCAAGCGGCUUAGCCAAUGCCACCUUUCUAGCAGACUCCACAUCCAAUUUCAUCCAUACCGUUUCAGUAAAGUACGACAAUUACUCUGAUGACGGAGAGCAUAUAAUCAACGGGCUCGAAUCAGUGACUUUCACACCGGACUCAACCAAUCCCUGGAUAAGCCAUCUCGACUGGUACUCGGAUCUCGAGGGUUCUGGGGUGGCUACCGCGACAAAGAAGACAGGGCUGGGCGGGUUCUAG